AUGGAAUCGCGAGCCAUUAACUUUGGCGCAGGUCCAUCUGCUUUGCCCACUUCCGUGCUUCAGGAAGCUACUAAAGGUCUCCUUAAUUUCAAAGGAACUGCAUCGGAGUUCACUGCAUAUCUACAAAGCGUCGAACAAAACAUCAGAAAACUUCUCGAUGUCCAGCCCACACACUCCAUCUUGUUCACUCAGGGGGGUGGAACUACACAGUUCUCAGCCGUCGUGCUGAACAUGCUGGCACGACAUCGUCUCCUCCACCCUCAAUUAAAAGACGAAGACCGAGUAUUGGAUUAUGUCGUCACAGGGUCCUGGAGCAAAAAGGCGGCCGAGGAGGCUAGGCGUAUGGGAGGGAGUACCGUUAACAUUGCAGCCGAUUCUCGCAAAUACUCUAAAGACCAGAAAUCCUUUGACAACAUCCCAACCGCAGAUGCAUAUUCCUUUUCAAAUGACCCAGCUCUUAUCUAUUACUGUGCCAAUGAGACCGUCGACGGCGUGGAGUUCUCAGCUGAGGAAAAUUCACCAGCCUCAUUUCCCUUUCAGCUUCUCCCAAAGAAUGCACUUCUCCCACUUGUCGGGGAUUAUUCCUCCUCCUUCAUGUCAAGGCCAAUUCCACAUCUCUCAGACCACGCUAUCAUAUAUGCUGGCGCGCAGAAAAACGUCGGCCCCGCUGGUCUCACCAUCUUAAUCGUCAGAAACGAUUGUAUCGUUGACGUUGACGCCGCUACAAGGCUCGGGGCUACUUCAGUCCCAAUAUGUCUUUCGUACAAAACGCUUGCGGACCAUAACAGCCUGUUCAACACUCCCCCGGUACUUUCCAUCUACAUUACUGGUCUCGUUCUUGAGUAUAUGCUCCAGCUGGGAGGGUUGGACUAUUACGCGGACCUCACAAACCGCAAAUCGAGAAAGGUGUACGAUGCGCUGAAGGAUGGUGAAAAUAAAGGCAUCUUCAAAAGUAAAGUGAAGGAGGGAUCUGGUAGCCAGAUGAAUGUUGUCUUCGACGUCCUUGGCGAAGGGUUGUUAGCCAAGUUCGUUGCUGGCGCAGAGGAGCGAGGCAUGAAGGGUCUUAAGGGCCAUCGUUCUGUAGGAGGCAUCCGAGUGUCCAUAUAUAAUGCCGUGACAGAAGAAGAGACGGACCAACUCAUUUCGUACAUGGAACAGUUCGCAGGACAGCACGAAGUUAUCAAGGAAUGA